AUGCUCCACGGCUUCCGCUGGCCCCGCGCCGGGUUCACGGGGAUCCGCGUAUACAUCGUACUCCAUAACCUGGAAGAAGCAGCCGCGGAAUACAUCCAGCAACCGCUGACCACCGAGCUCCUCAAAACGUCUUUCCGCAAAACACAGGCGGACCUCGUGACGCGGCUGCCGGAGCUGUCAUUUAUUGAGCAGUAUGAUCCCGCCGACGAGACGAGUGGCACCGUCAGCCAGGACUAUGCGUAUAUUUCCACGCGGGUCCUAGAGAUUUCAGAGGAUGAGAGUGGUGAUUGUGGAGGGGAGAAUAUUGAGGAUUAUGUGGAACAGGGAUCUGGGUUGACGCACGAUCAAACGGCGGCGCUGGAGGAAUUGCGCGAUCGUCUAGCACCCGGUGAAAAAAUCGGAUGGUAUCUUGUUUAUAAUGGAGACCCUGAGCGGUGGUUUCCUGACUCUGAAGACUCCGAGAAUUACGAGUCUGAGGAGGACUCUGAGGAUGAGAGCCAGAAUCAGCGCCAGGGUCAGGUCCAGAGCCGCAAGGGGGAAAGCUCUAUAGGGCCUACUAGUCCGCAGAGUUAUACGAAUCCGAUCCAGGCGGUAAGUCUGGGCAAUAUGGGAGGGGGAGCUUCGAUGACGGGAGCAACGGAGACCAUCCAAAGCUUGUCGCAACACUCCCCGAGUGGUUUCAUAAAUGCUGACCAGGUAACAUCCUGGCUUUCUGUCGCAAUGGUUCUCUCAUUUAUCAUAGUUCAGAAUCGCCAGGGGAAAACGCGCCUGGCGAAAUGGUACUCACCAUAUAGUGAUGAAGAGAAAAUCAAACUGAAAGGCGAGGUCCAUCGUCUUGUCGCCCCUCGAGAUCAGAAAUACCAGUCCAACUUUGUUGAGUUCCGUCGGAGUACCAAGGUUGUCUAUCGGAGAUAUGCUGGUUUGUUCUUUUGCGUCUGCGUCGACGCGAAUGACAACGAGCUAGCCUAUCUCGAGGCUAUCCAUUUCUUUGUCGAAGUGCUAGACCAAUUCUUCGGCAAUGUGUGUGAGCUGGAUUUGGUCUUCAAUUUCUACAAGGUCUACGCUAUUCUGGACGAAGUCUUUCUCGCAGGCGAGAUUCAAGAGACAAGCAAGCAGGUCGUUCUCACGCGAUUGGAACACCUGGAUAAGUUGGAGUAG